GUACAGGCGGGAGGCAGCGGCGCCGAUCAUCGAUUUCCCGCGGUGGGCGCGGGCAAUGAGUCGACGUGCAGAAAGCCAAUUCGUGCGGGACUGGCUGCUGCUGUUCGCGCUGUGGAACUAUGCUUUUCGUGUGCAGGUGAACUCGAGCCGCGGUUUGGUGGCGUACAUGCCGCGUGGGACGCCGAGUCUGUCGAGUGAAGAGCUGACGGAGGGUGCUGUCGCACUGUGCAAGGCCUUGCACGGGCAGUUCCGCGCAGGGCCGGACGCGCCGCUGCAGCCCGUGGCAGGCGACGUAGCAAAGCUACACAUGGUGCCGGAGCUUCCGCGAGCCGCGCGCGUCUUGCUGCAGAAUGUGCAACAUGUUUCAGCCAAGAUGCCUGGCACGGUCGAGGUGAGGAAACUCAUGCGACAUGAGACGCACGCGUACCGGGUCAUUUAUGGGGAACCGGUUUUUGUCACGAUCAGUCCAAACGAGCGCGACAACUUGCUCGGAGUGCGGCUUUUUCGCUGCCGACAGAACGAUCCUGUGACACGAGUGGACGCGGACGCGCUGCGGUGGGGCGGAGAACAGCAGCCUGUGCUGGGCACAGCCGUGACGGAGGCUACGGCCGGCUCGCUGCCUGCUUUCGAAGCCCGGCGUCACCUAGCAGCCGCGGACCCGCUGUCGGUGGUGGAGGCAUUUCAUUCGCAACUGCGGCUAUGCCUGCGACACUUAUUUGGCAUAAGCAUCUGCAAGAAGUGCCCGCGGUGCAGCUGCAUGUCCGAGGACGGCAGUGUCGCGUCGCUGCGCUUAGGGAUUUUCGGGCGAGUCGCAGCGGUGUAUGCGGCGCUCGAGCACCAAAAAGCUGGCGGCUUGCAUGCGCACAUGCAAGUUUUCGUGGAGAACUUGCACCAAGUGACACCCCUGCACGACAUCUGGCAGCGCCUGCAGAUAGUGCAGCGAUAUCUGGCGUUCAAGGCACACGUGUGCAAAGAAACGUACGAUGACCCGGCCCUGCAGCAGCAACGCGGUGAGGAGGUCGAGGCAGCGUGGCCGGAACAUGCGCAGAACGUGGCGCUCGUGUCCAUGCCAGCGUAUUUGCUGGAUGUCGACGCAUGCGAAAUCUGCAGCGAGGCGGUGGUGCUCUGUCCCGGCUUGGCUCGGGCAUUCAAUCUGCCGUGCCAAGGCCGUAGAAAUUUGGUAGGCGCUCUCGUGGGGCCGCGCAACAAUGAAUGGGUGAACGGCACCCAUUCGGCACUGACCGCAGCGCUGCGGGCGAACACGGACGUCCAGCUUCCGUAUCGACUUCCGCCCUGCAAAGAGACGCACAGUCGCGUGUGCGAGGAAGGCGGGUGCCUUGACGAGGUGGAUCUGGAGAGCGUGAUAACCGCAGCACAGCACGCGCAAAACGCGCAAUGCGGGUAUGCUGGGGACUACGGCAGCAAGCGGCAGGUGGUGGCGCUGCACGAGGUGAACGAGUGGAUGCGAGGCCAGAGAGCGCUGGGUCGAGAGCUGGCAGGAAAGGGUCGCAGCUAUCAGGGUGUCCGGCACCUACGGCGGUUCAUGUCGGACGCCUAUGGGCGGGGCAUCGUGCGCAGCGCGCCGGAAGUCGUGAACUUGCUGACGCGACAAGACAGGAAUGCAAACAGCACCGACGGAGAGCUUUCCCGGACGAGUCUUCGUGGACUGCGUCGAAGGGUCGGCGCAGGAGGAACCGGCGGAGCGGCCGCAAAGGCAGUACCUACAAGUGGACUGGCGAUCUCGGCGACACCGCUCGCUGACGUGCGGCGCAUGGACAUCUUGUACGGGUGUCGCGGAACGCGCUGGAACAUGGGACACCUGUCUGCAUUUGAGUGGGUGCGCUACUGGAAAGUGGAGCUGGCUCGCCACCGCGCGCCGGCGGAAGACGCCGCGAAGGAGCGACCGGUGGCGCACGCAGAUCUCACGGCCAGCGGGCGUGCGAAGUUAGAGGGCCUGGAAGCAGGCCUAGUAAAGCCAACCGUGCGGCGUGCUCGUUUCCUGCCACCUCAGGAGGUCGAUGAGCACGGGCAGCUGCUCGUCGCAGUUUCUGAGAGCGUUGCAGGGAACAUGUGA